AUGGGAGAGUCGUCAAGUGUUCAACAGAGCGACCGAGCAUGCACGGAAUGGAGUCGAGGCCGCCCAGCAGGUGGGUUUGGUACGAUGGACCGGGUAUAUAUCCGCAGACAAGUGUUGCAGACGGUAUGGCGUCUGCGCGUUGGGGACGCUGAACAGCGAGCACUCGCCAUGCGGAGUCUAAGACCCGUUGAAGAUGCUGCGUGGUGCGAAGAAUGGGCGCUGCAAGGAGGCUGGGUCUUGACUGCUUGGAUCGCCCGUAUCUGGCGGCUCGCGUGCAACCAAGCGACCAGCAAGAAACUUUUUCGAACAGGUUUCUCGAGCGAGCAGGGGCACGCCUCCGGAGACGCUAUGCAACACGCCUCAAGGCCGAUCAGUCGCGCUGUCAUGGAGUCCCUGCGCGAUGCCUGCGUCUCCGCAAGCGCUGAGGCUUCUCGCUUGCUACUGCGAUGUGCUCCAUACAGUGUGAGAGGAAGCACACCUCAUUUGCUGGAGUUUGCCAGGCAGGCAGCUGUUGCCCCAGUGCUGUUAGAAUCGUGGUCCCAACUGGUGGCUGCUUCUCCAGCGGUUGCUGGCGAGCGCAGAACAGUGGGACGGCAUAGCGUCGAGUCCGCGCUGCCGGACCCAGCAGCCACAACACUGGCACACGAGCGUACUGCGAACCACAGCCUCGACGAUACCCAGAUGUUUGCUGUAUUGCGAGGAACGCUUGAACGGAUUCUAGAAGCGGACCCGUCUCCGCUGCGACGUCUUCCACUUUUCCCGGAUGACACCGAUGGCCUGUUGGCACUUCCAACUGAGACUCCUGAACAGGAGUACGCUCGCCUGCUUGCCUCUGCCUGCGUUCGUCAUGCGGAUACCAGAGCAGUCACACUUUUGUUUGAGCAGAUUGACGGAAACCCCAAAGCAGAUGAAUGCAUGCGCACGCUGAUGCUCCUUGCCGAUUCGAGACAGCAGCAGGGCGCAGGACUCGUGAACAUGAAUGCUGCAGAGACACCAAGGCCGUCGUCUCCCAACAGCCGGGAUAGAAGCGGCACUGCGGGCGUGCAGGCAGCGGAUCUUCUACGCAUGGAAAUAGCAAAGCGGAUCACGGAUCGGUUUAGUGUUACGCUUGCCCAGCAAUAUCCUGAAUGGAUUCGCAUCUUUUGCGAGUGGAAGUGUAGAACAGAUCAUACGCUUCUGCAGGCGUGCGCGGAUCGAGCCCUCGAGAAUGCGUGUGAGGAACUCCUGGGAUAUUCAUCGAACCGCCUCGAUUUGGAGGUGUACCUGCUAUCUCCUGAGCCGACCCUAGCGCGAGCCUGCGCACCCCUGGUGGAUGUGGUAUUUGUCCACGGACUUCGAGGCGAUCCGCUUCUGACGUGGCGAUGUGGCGCCUACGACGUCCGCAAACCGACGGAUGAGGACCUCGUUGAGGCGCCUGUGCAGGCAACCGCAGCGCGCAAGAGCAUGAAAGCCUGGCAAGAGCGACUGUGGCCUCGGGAGUGGCUCGCGCCAGACCUUGGUGCAUCGGCACGAAUUCUCUCCGUUGGUUACUCCAGUGCCCUGACCGCCUGGGGAAGUUCUGAGGAAUCCGGUGCAACGCUCUCCUUGAGCGAGCAAGCCGCUGAUCUGCGUCGGAAACUCCUCCGAGCAGGUGUGGGCAAGCGGCCCCUGGUGCUUGUUGCGCACUCAUAUGGAGGCCUCAUUGCGAAACAGCUCCUCGUGGAUGACGCAGCUGCCUCGGCUGCUGAUACGCCGGGCGCGGGAACCUUGUCUAGGGCAUUGCGUGGUAUUGCGUUCUAUUCGACACCGCAUCAUGGAUCUGCAGUUGCUGGCCGGUUUCUGGGUGGCAUCCUCGACAAGGCCGUCAGGCCUGCAGCGCCCGUGCGUGAGCUGCUCCCCUACAAUGAAAGCAUCGAAAAGUUACACCGUGCCUUUCUGACACUCAUUCGACACCCCUGUCGAGAACUGCGCGACGACCAGGGGCGCACUCGGCUUCCCGGGGUGCUCUGGGGUCUCUGGUUGGCAGCAAGUGCAGGUCAGCAGCAGCGGGAUGGGUCGCGCUCAGCGCUGGAUGCAGGGACAACAAAAUAUGCUCGAAGACCUGCCGAAGGAGGAGCGGGCAUCCGGAGCGAGCUCCAGAGCACCGUUGCAGACCAGCACGCGCAUCGUGGACAACAGUCUAGCAGAGAGCCGUCUCGUCGACAGGUCUUUCGCGAGCGAGGCGACCAAGUUCUGGACGUGCUUGGACCGGUAUCGGUCGGCACUGAGUAUGUGCAGGGCCUUUUACGUGAGGAAAUCAAACGUCGCAGCGCUGCCGACGACGAUGAGCAGGAAGCCGCAGCAUCAGACUGCGAUGUUCCUUCGUCACCAGCGAAGAAGUUGUCCCUAGAGCCAAGCUGCAUACUACCGCCGGUGCAAGUGCUCAGCAUCUAUGAAGGCACCACAACUCGAACGUGGGGCGGGAGUCGCUUCCUAUUCGUUUCAGAGGAAUCUGCUUACGCAGGGGUCGGCGAGCUGGUCCGCGUGGAUCGUGCCGAUCACUUGCAGGUUUGUAAGCCACCAAGCCGGGAGGAUGUGCGCUAUAGGAGCGUGCUGGACAUGAUCCAGCGCAUUGUCCAGGAGACAAGCGUCUGGUGCGAUGAAUGCUAG